AUGCUUCUCCAGCACAAACCUGACAUCAGUAUCACUCGAUACGACGGGUGGACCCCCCUUCAUGCUGGCGUUGACAAUCUGGAGGUCACGAAGCUACUGAUUGGCGCCGGUGCCAACCCAAAUAUGCCCAAACAUGACCAGUGGACUCCUUUCCACCUCGCGAUUAGUUGGGGUGAUCAAUCCAUUGCCGAGUAUCUCCUCCAACAUGGGGGUGACCCCAUGUUGAUCACAGAGGAUAGCGAUACAACUCUCCACUUGGCCGUGGGGGCAAAUAUGAGGGAGAUGGCUGAGAACCUCUUGGAAAGUGGCGCCAAG